CCCAUUUAAUAUAGUUUAAUGCUCAUUUAUAGAAAUAAUUUGGCAUUACAUAUUUAUUAUCAAAUGUUGUACAUUUUUGUAGAAAAUAAAAUGCGAUCGGUAUAUAAUAUUUUCGAUAGUUUUAAUUUAUAAUGAAGAUUUUUGAAGAUUUAUGCAUUUGCUACAGGUUCUAAAUAAAAUUUCUUAGACAAAUAAAUUGUAAUUUGUGCAUAAUAUAGAAAAUAAUAAUAUAAAAUACACCUUAAGUUAUUUAAUCGAAUUUUUUCUAAAAAUAACGGCAAAACAUUGAAAUGCUAAUUACCGUACAGACGUUGCAGAACGAUACGUUUGUAAUUGAAUUUAAUGCUGAGGAGACGGUAUUUCAAUUAAAGGAGAGGAUUUAUAUUGAAAGAGGACCAGAAUACAAUGUUGAAAAUCAAAAACUUAUAUAUUCUGGUGUAAUACUCAGUGAUGAGCGCAGUAUUAAUUCAUACGAUAUGGACGAAAGCAAGUUUAUCGUGAUAAUACUUAAGCGUGAUUUUGAAAACUCUUUUCAUAAACCUGAUGGAGGAUGUUUUCCCUUCUCUGUCGUAUCAUCGGUUUCCACUACUCAAAAGGUGGACGAAUGCAGCAAAUUAUCUGACUGUAUAACAACAACCACUGAAUCAUUCAAAAAAAUAUCAGUAGAGCAGGCUGCACAAAAAGAAGAUAAAGCGAUAUCAAUAAAUAAAACCAAUGAUGACUCUGUUGGGGAAAGCCAAUCAAUAGGUAGUACUGAAAACAUUAAUGGAGCAGCUGCCUUGGAAUUUACUGGAAGCAAUACAAGCAUAUUGUCUAGUGGGUCUGGGGUUUUAUUUUUUUCCAGAAGCAGUAAUGAGUCUGGGGGCUCUGAAACUAGUCAUAGCAUCUAUUCUAGUGGUGAUCUUGCAGGAGAGUUUUCUAAAACUUCGAUACAAUCAGGAGCUGAAAGGAAUUUACCUCUGGGCUCAGAAUACGAAUAUACAAUUAAGUCUAUGAUGGAGAUGGGCUUUUGCCGUGAAAAUGUUCAAAAGGCCAUGGCAGUCAGUUUUAACCAUCCAGAAAGGGCCGUAGAAUACUUAAUUAGCGGUAUAACAGAAACAUCGUAUAGUUUCAGUACAACUACAACAGUUGGUCGAGAUAGCUUAUUGCUUACAUAUAAUACUGACACAAACAAUAAUGACGAGAACUGCCCCAGCACUAGAGAGUCCGCUCUUAUUGGCGAUGAUAAAAGCAGUCAUGUGCCAUCAAUCCGGUUUAAUAGCAUUAACAAAGUAUGUAAUUAUCAAAAGAGUGGUUAUAGUGGUGGACCCCUUUCUGGAGAAAGUCAACAUGCAAAAUUAUGUAAUGCUGUGGGUCUCAAUCAAGAUGAUGAUGUCGGUAAAUUUAAGGAAUAUACAACUCAAUCUCCAACUGACGGGGAACCGUUGAAUGAAAGUUCUAAGGAACUUUAUGACAAUAGACAAAAAGAAGUCCAGUCUGCUAGUACUUUAGAGAAAACUCACAACCUCGUCAGUGGUGAUACGGAAAAUAACGGCUUAGGGAGUGUUUUGGCUUCUGUCGGAAGUAAUACUAGUAUAUCUUCAUGUGGAUCCGGCGUAUUUCUUUUUUCCGACAGAAGUACUAGAUCUGAAGGUUCUGAAACCAGCCACAGCACGUUUUCAAGUGGUGACCUUGCAGGUGUGUUCUCUAAUACUUCAAUGAAGACACGAUCCGAAUCAAAUUUGGCAUUGAGUGAAGAAUACAAUCGUACUAUUGAAUCAAUGAUAGAAAUGGGGUUUAGUCGUGAAACCGUGGAACACGCUAUGACUGCUUGUUUCAAUAAUACAGACAGAGCAAUUGAAUUUUUAAUAACUGGUUUGUCAGAUACUUCAGAAAUAUUCAAUAGCAAUACAACAAAAGAAGAAGAGAAUAGUACUAGUCUUGUGGGAACUAACCGUGCUAGGGUCUAUGACGAAGAGAGAGAUAGUUUGUUAAAUUCAAUUGCUGACAUUGGCUUAAAUUUCAAUUACAGAGUUGAAGAGUAUGAUGACGAUCAACGGUCUCUAGAAAACAAUCGUACGACAUUGCGAUAUGUUACAAAUCCGUUUGAAAUCUUUCGCAAUCAACCUCAGUUCUUACUCAUGCGUUCGUUGAUGUAUCAGAAUCCCGAUGCUUUACAUGGAGUGCUCCAACAAAUAGGACAAAUUAAUCCAGCGCUCCUGCAACUUAUAUCGGAAAACCAAGAUGCUUUUCUAAGAAUGUUAAGUCAAACUUUGGAGGGACGUGCUGAUGUAAAUCGGCAAUAUCCCCGUCGGAUGACACCUGGACGACGUGCACAGCUUACUGCUGCAGUUCGAGCUGCAGCUGGAGGAGAUGGAUUGCAUGUACGUUCUCUUGAUACAGCCGCUGGUGCAGGCGGUGACGGACUGCUUACACACCAGCGACCUGGAGAAAGUGGUGAUGCAGGGGCCGAUACAAUACCACAUGUCUUUUCGCAUGUUCAACCAGAUAGAGCGGCAGAACGUCGAGCAGCCGCUGCUGAUGUAUUCUUACGUGAAAGAGCUGCAGCAGCAGUUGCAGUAGCGACUUUAACUGCUAAUGCUUCUGAUACAGUUCAUCACGAAAUUUAUGAAGAUGGAGGUGCUUCAAGCACAAUAGAUAACGAUAAUUUAUCUGUCUCAAGCCGUUCACAGGGACGUAGAAAUAUGAAAGUUCUACUCACAUCCCAAGACGAGGAAGCAAUUAAUCGCCUUAAAUCACUUGGUUUUUCAGAGGCUCUGGCCUUGCAAGCAUAUUUUGCUUGCGAAAAAAACGAGCAAUUAGCGGCGAACUUUUUGUUAUCUUCAGCGUUAAAUGAUUAGGACAUUUGUUAUAUUUCAAAAUAUUUAUCAUUUAGACUCGUAAGAUAGUAAUCUUAUUACAGGUUUUUAAAUAAUUAUUUAACUAUAACGCUUGAUGUUCAUAUUUACUAAACUUACCUAUGUGAGUUAUAAAAUACUAUAUAUCACUCUAAAAUACAACGAUCCAUAAUACAAUAAUCCUUAUAUCUUAAAACAAGUCCUUGAAUCAUAUUUAUUAUUAUUUCUUAUGACAGACCUAAGUUUACUUAUUUUAACUUUCAACAUUUUUUGUUGUUUCUGCCAACUUAAUUGAAUCGGGACAGCCGUUAAACUAAAACUGAUAUUGAUAAAAAUAGAAUUGAAACUUGUAAAUUCUUACUUCAUAUGUACAAUUUUUUUUACUCUUGUGUUAUUUAUUGAAAAUUGGAUGUGACCCCCCUCGCUAUAAAAUUGUUGCACUUAUCUCAAAAACUGCUAAGGCUAUAUCAACCAGCUUGCUGAAAACAUUUUCGCAUAUUUCAUCAUAAAGUGUAAAACUGAGUCAAUAAAGGUGUUAAUAAUUUUGCUGAAAACGGCAUUUAAUGCCUGUCUGAAGUUGAUCGCGUCCGAAGAUUGGUUGGUAAGAUGGUGUAUAUUCAUGGUAGGCACCUCUGUUCCGAGCGCGUGACUGUAAUGAUGAUUUCUGCGAAAGCAGAAACUGUUUGGAGAGGAGCCCAUUGUGCUUCUUAAUUGGGAGUAAACAGAUCUCGUUGUGGACAUGUUUUAAAGAAAAUAAUCUGAGAUUGACCGAAUCGCGGUAUUCUGUAGAUGCGGAGUAAAUACUAGCAAAAAAAAUUUUGGUGUUGUCAGAACUUUGGUUUGGUUCUGAGAUAGUGGUUUACUUUUAAACACAUAUUAACGGUUCCAGUGCACUACAUCAUUAUUGCGCAAUCAUCGGUGUGUGAGGUCAUAGUAAUAUAGAUGUUAACAAUAGUGCACUCUAUGAAAGUCAUAUUAGUGGUCUGGUGGGGGGUGUGUAAAGGUCAGGAGUAGCAAGUCUUCAAGCUCAUUACUAAGGUUUAGAUUUAGUACUUUCUGAAAACUAGCUUCUUAGAGUUUUUUUUAACUCAUAAACAAUUAAUAACACGCAAUAAUUCGAAAUAUUUAAACCAAUGGCAUUACUGUGUCUUAUGAAAAAAUAGCCUACUAGUAUUAUUGAUAAAUUGAAAACUAUCUCUAUUAAAAUGGUAGUAUACUCUGUGUUAAAUACAAACUGUCGGGACUGUUUUGGACUCAAUGCAAGCAUGGGUUAGAAUAUCAGAGAAACUCUACUGCUAAGUGUUUUUCCGAGAAUUACGAAAUUAACUCGUUACUCACCGAUUCAAAUAGGGUUACCUCUAAUCUUGGAUAUACUAUAGUAUAUCAAACCAAAAUUACGAAUUUCCGACAUCCCAUUUGUUUUCAUAUUCCAUUGAUAUUAAUCAAUAUCCUUCAUAUUUUAAUAAAAUUAACGGGACAUGUUUUCUUAUCCAUAAUGUGAUUUACCGCUGAAAAUUAACGGAGUCGGUCUAGACUUCAAACCCCUAGAAAUGUCCUCGUAGUACGUCCUCGUAUAAUUGGCUAUGUGAAAAUCCUAGAUGAAAUCUAAGCCAUAAACAGAUUUCGUUUUUAAUGUCAUUGCGAACCACAGUCUAAUUGGAAAUUGAACCCUUUUGAAUGCGAUUGGCACUUCUGCACGAAUCAUUGGGAUUUUCGGCUCGGAGUCGGCAUUUCUACGAUAUAAUAACUGUCGCCAGUCUGUGUGAAACGCACGUAUACUCAAAUACGCUGAGAGAGUGCUCGGGAGCAAUGGGCUGUCGAUCAAUGUUUUACAACAAUAUUUUAAUGACUAAUCGAAUGACUUGACACAGCCAUAUGCGAUAAAAUUCCGAAGUGAAAUUAGAGAUGAUCCAAUUUUCAGAUGUAGUUGGUGUCAUGAUUGGUAAAUACAAUGACUUGUAUAAUUUUGGAUAAUUUACAGUAUAGUCGUCAUCGCAAACUGCAUUGAUCAAUUUGUAUCACAAGUCGCUUGGCACAAUUGUUAGAUCUUAAAAUUCAAUUCGUUCACGAACACAUUUUUUUGCUGCCAAAACGACUCUUUCUUCCUCUCUCAUGCUUUUGAAGUAUUUGAACUUUUAGCUGUAUUUUUCCACCAUUACGCCACAGUUUCGAUGAUUUGUUUAUCUAAAAUCACAUGAAAGGAGAGAUUGAGUGCCGAAUAGAGUGAACAGAUUGUCAUUGUUUUGUUGUCAAGCGAAUGUUUGUGUGCCGUAGUACAUUUAUCCCAAGUGAUAAUUUUGCAUUGUGACCAUGAGAGAAUGUUUUUACACGGCGUCGGGAUUAUUUCGAAUAUUCAGAGGCAGCAUAAAACUGCUGUCGCUCAUAAUAAUGUCUAGUAAGUUAAUAUAUUUGUUGUUUUAAUUGUUUAUAUCAUAAGUAUCGCAGACUUUCACUCUUUAUUUUCAUUUAAAUCUGGAUCUUG